CUCGAAGCACCACAGAAACUGGAGUGCCCGAAAAGCAGCUAGCAUGAGUAGCAAGAUUUGCCAAUAGGAGCGAGGCAAUCUCACCUUAUCCACACGCCCACCACAAUCUUAAAUUACAUCCAUCAUCCCACCACUCCACAUCAUCCAUAGCGCCAAGCCAAAGAAAAAAUAAUACUAAUACUAACAAUAACAACCCACGAAGCUUAGGCCUUGCAAAGUAAGUUCAUUUGACUCUCACAAACCUUGCAUCCAUCCACACAUGGCUGGCAUGAACUCUAGCGUAUUGGCCUGUAGCUAUGCCAUAUCUGGUGCAGCAUGCUCCGAGCUCAAUGGGAAGGUCACUUCCGUGGCCUCUGUUGCAUCCUCUGGCUACAAGUUGCCAUUGAUCAAAUGUGAGGCCAGAGUUCCCAAAGCCAAAGAAUCUGAAGGAAGGAGAGGUGCCCUUGUUCUCUUGGCAGCUACCCUUUUCAUCUCUGCAGCCUCCAAUUCUUCUGCCAAUGCUGGGAUCAUUGAUGAUUACCUUGAGAGGAGCAAGGCUAACAAGGAAUUGAAUGACAAGAAGAGGUUAGCUACUACUGGAGCAAACUUUGCAAGAGCAUACACCGUGGAAUUCGGUAGUUGCAAGUUCCCUGAGAACUUCACUGGUUGCCAAGAUCUUGCCAAACAAAAGAAAGUGCCAUUCCUUAGUGACGAUUUGGAGCUUGAAUGCGAAGGAAAGGACAAAUACAAGUGCGGUUCUAAUGUUUUCUGGAAAUGGUGAAAGGAGGCAACCUUUUAUGCCCAACUGCGAAUUAUUCGCUUUGCGAUGUACCUAACUGCUUGAAUAUAUACCAUAUUUUUCUGCAUUGCUUUCAGUUAUUAUAUUGUUGGUGUUGGAUUUUAGUUGUUGAAGAAAAUGUGUGAAUUAGGCGGCUA